ACACGUCCAACAAGUGGCUAUUUCAGCUCUGGAGUCCUAUUCUGAUAAGUCUUACCAGGCUAGAAAUGCUUCGAAUAUGGCCCCAGCAAUGUUUGUCCUGUUAAGACAGUUGAACAGAUGGAGCAUCUUAUGACCAGGUUGGCCAUGGAGUGAUUAAUGGUUUGACUUAUGGAACUCUCUGAGAGCACUGACCAAAUCGUAGAUGGAGGUCCCUAGUGGAGGGAUUCCCACACCAGUGAAACUCUGAAUUCAUGAAGUAUUGAAACAUACUUCCUUUUCCAAAGCGUUAGAGUAAAGUUUUUGAAAAUGCAGGUUGAAAAACAGGUUUAUUCUGGUUUUUUUUUUUAUCUUUAAUAUUCCCAGGAUCUUACCCUCUCCAUCUCCUCCCUCCACUAUAGAAGACCUCACCCCCAAACUAUGCAUAUAUAAAUUGUCUUUAGCAUUUCUAUUGAUCAGUUCUUUCUUAUGUUUUUAUUUAUCAGUUAGAAAACUAGAGGGUUUCUUGUUACGCCUUGGUUAAGCCUCCUCAGGGUAGCUUGUGAAAGAGUUAAGGGAAAAGGAUCAGGACUUUUUACACAGUAAGUGAUCAAUAAAUAUUGAUUGGCUAGUCAACUCCAGAGAUGAUUUAGAAAAUGGAAGUUUGGCCGUAGACAGUUAUAUGAAUGAAGCAGAGCUGGUAGCUGGCUGCCUCCUCUUUUGUGACUCUUACUGUCUUUCUUCCCUAUCCAGGCACUAAAAGAGAGCCGGGUGACUGGAAACGAGAUGAGUCAUCUGACAUCAGUUUGAUUCACCUUUUUUGGAGGCUGCUUUUGUUGAGAGCUUCCCUCUCCGAAAUCAGGGACAACUGUGUGUGUUUUGUAAAUGUUGUUAUUCUGCAGAAGGCAGUAGGAAUUUGUAGUGUGCCCAGAGUGGGGCUGUACCAAGUAGCUGCCUGGCAGCCCUGGGACACAUAUCUUUAUCCAGAAAGAGAUCUCAGAGGGGGUUUGGAUAAUGCUGAUGGAGACCUGGCAGAUGCGCCUCCACUCUGGUCCGUAUCUCUGGCUGUGCCUAUUCAUAUCUUUCUUUAAAGGUUAUGCCGCUUGUGAGUCUGAAGAACGCCUGUUUCAUAAGCUGUUUUCUCAUUACAACCAGUUCAUCAGGCCUGUAGAAAAUGUGUCUGAUCCUGUCACGGUGCAUUUUGAAGUGGCAAUUACCCAGCUGGCCAAUGUGGAUGAAGUUAACCAGAUCAUGGAAACCAAUCUGUGGCUGCGCCAUAUCUGGAAUGAUUACAAAUUACGUUGGAAUCCGGCAGAAUACGACGGAAUUGAAUUGCUUCGGGUCCCUGCAGAUAAAAUUUGGAAGCCUGAUAUUGUUCUCUAUAACAAUGCUGUUGGGGAUUUCCAAGUUGAAGGCAAGACCAAAGCCCUUCUUAAAUAUGAUGGCAUGAUAAGCUGGACCCCGCCAGCUAUUUUUAAAAGCUCUUGCCCUAUGGAUAUUACCUUUUUCCCUUUUGACCAUCAGAAUUGUUCCUUGAAGUUUGGCUCCUGGACAUACGACAAAGCGAAAAUUGACCUUUUAAUCAUUGGCUCAAAAGUGGAUAUGAAUGAUUUUUGGGAAAACAGUGAAUGGGAGAUAGUUGAUGCUUCCGGCUAUAAGCAUGACAUAAAGUAUAACUGUUGUGAAGAGAUCUACACAGACAUAACCUAUUCCUUUUACAUUAGAAGACUACCAAUGUUUUACACGAUUAACUUGAUCAUCCCUUGUCUCUUCAUUUCAUUUCUGACAGUUUUAGUUUUUUACCUUCCAUCAGACUGUGGAGAAAAGGUGACGCUUUGCAUUUCUGUUCUGCUCUCUCUGACUGUGUUUUUGCUCGUAAUCACAGAAACUAUCCCUUCCACCUCCCUUGUAAUUCCUCUGGUGGGUGAAUACCUGUUGUUCACCAUGAUUUUUGUGACACUCUCCAUUGUAGUGACAGUGUUUGUGCUAAAUAUUCACUAUCGGACUCCUACCACACACACCAUGCCCAAAUGGGUCAAAACUGUUUUCCUUCAGAUGUUACCAAAAAUCCUAAUGAUGAGAAGGCCUCUGGAAAAGCAGAGGGAGAAGCGUUCAGAUAAAAACUCUGAAGAGUUUGCCAGGAAGCCUGCCAAGAUCAAAUUUGCUGAAUGUAGAGAUCCCAAGUUAUUUGAAGAACAGGAAUGUUGCCAUUGUAACAAAUCCAAUGAGCUGGCUACCAGUAAGAAGAGAUUAAGUUAUCAGUCUUUAAAAUGGAUGACAGAACAUUUGGAAUACUCAUCUGAAGUCAAAGAUGUGAUUGAUAGUGUCCAAUUCAUAGCAGAAAACAUGAGGAACCAAAAUGAAACAAAGGAGGUGGAAGAUGACUGGAAAUACGUGGCCAUGGUAGUAGAUCGAGUGUUUCUUUGGGUGUUUAUAAUUGUUUGUGUAUUUGGAACAGCAGGAUUAUUUCUACAACCUCUAAUUGGAAACACAGUAAAAUCCUAACUUUGUCUGCUUCCUUUCUCUUUUGCCUUCUGAAAUGCAGGGUCUAGAUUUGGUGAAUACUCCUUGACACAAUGAAAAGGGGAUGAGGCCAUCCCUCAAGUCCCCAAAUUGUACAAAUCUUCCCCUUCACACCAACCCUGCCUCUCCCCACCAUUAAUUAGGGAAGCUAUUAGCAUGAGAGAGAAGACUGUCCUUGCUGUAAUGUCUUUUUUUGUGACAUGUAGAACUCCUUUGUGGCAGUAGUGCCAAAAAACAGGAUGCUAGCCUGCCUGUGCUAUAUUGGAUUUUUGCUGUUUCUCAUGGUUCUGUUUCAGGAAAUGGAUUUGACCUGUGGAGUGUCUGAACCAAGUCAUAUCAACCUAUGGGUUUUUUUGGGUUUGCUCUCUGUCAAUGUUACAAUGCCUUCUAGUGUCAAAGUCACCUGAUUGCCCUUCCUGAAGAUUAUAAAUUGUGAAAUACUGUCAGUUGUGUUGAUCGAUGCAUGUCUCUACAAUAUGAUUCAAAUAAUUUAGUAGUAUUCAGGAAAACUAACAGGCAAGACCAAGGGAUGGAUAGAUUUCUUCUUUGAGGGGUCAUUUGUUUUCCCCUGCCUCUCACCCCAAAGCCUCAAUCCUCAUUCUACAUCCAUCAUCAUUUCUGUGAAAGGGAAUUCUUUAUUCCUUUUGUCUAUUUUGAGUUAAUCAACCAAGAACUUAAAGUACCUCAUUUAACACAAAGUAAGAGAGUUCACAAGUCACUAACUAGAAAAAGUUCACAACUCCAAAGGCCACAAGCCCUGCCCUUUCCUGGGCAGUGCUAGGCACAUUGGGAAACUGUGAUUAGUUCCUGUGAAGAGGGGGAGCAGCAGGAAGUGAUGUGAACAAAGGGUUGUAAAAAGCAAGACCAAAAAGAAGAUUCAUUCAUUCCUUGGCUCUUCUGGGAGGAGCUCUCCUGGAGGACGAUUCUGCGCUGGAGGCUUUCUGGGUGAGUGACUGGAGCCAAAGGAAGAGACUUCUGUUGAAGUGCCUUGCUGAAGGCACCACUGGGACUCCUGGCUUAAAAGACUAAAAAGUUGGGUCUGACCCAACUUCAGGCUGUCUGUCAGUAGAUUUUCGCUCAUAUCUCCAAAUGUUAUCCCCUGUUUUCUCAAUAGAUACAUUCUCCAUUCAGUUAACUCAUGAAAGUCCCCCUGAAAAUACCCCUGAAUGUAAACAACUUUUAAGAUUUCUUGUUCAGGAUGUAGUUUGACAAACUGUAUUGAUCCAUCUAUUUCUGCAACCACUGUAUUUAUUGUUAAACAACCACCAUUUAUUAGGCUCCCUGUGAACUUGACAACUGAUUGAUAUGAUGAUACAGAUGUUUAUGCCUUACAACGAAUUUCUAACAAUCUAAGUCAUCCUAAACGUUUUAUUGCAGCCUUAAUUUUGUCAGUAAUCGCAUCCUUGGCUGCAUCCACUACUGCUCUUGUUCAAACAGUCCACACUGCACAACAUGUAGACAAUCUUUCUAAGAAUGUUUCACUUGCUCUCUUAACCCAAGAACACAUAGAUAAGGGGUUAGAGGCUUGUUUAAAUGUCUUAGAAGAAGCCAUCAUUUAUAUUGGCAAUCAGUUACAGAAUAUAAAAGUGAGAUUUAAAUUAGCCAUGCUGAGUACAAAUGGAUUUGUGUUUCUCCCCUUCCUUAUAAUCAAUCAGAUAUUCCUUGGGAAAAUAUACAAUAACACAUAUAUGGAAUUUGGAACCCCUCAGAAUUUUCUAUUGACCUGAAAACACUGCAUAAACAAAUUGUGGAUAUUAGCCAUUCCAGUACUUCCCUUUAUUUGGUCUCAUCUAUUGCAAAUUCAUUUUAUGACAGUGUUUCUUCUUAUGUAUCCCAUAACAGUCUCAUUCACACCCUUAUUGCCUGUGGAUAUGCUCUUGUCUUAUUUUUUCUCAUUCUUGUUUGCUUUCCAAUUAUCAUCCAACGCUUAGGAUCCAACAUAUGUCAAGUCCAAAUCGAGAUGAAGCCGCUUACUUUAAAAAAUAAAAAGGGAAUUGAUGCCGGAGGCCAUCAUACCCCGACCAAUUGACAAGGUCAUGAUCUGAGGAAGGAAGGUCAGCAAAACAGACCCCAGAAUGAGGGCCCUCCGCUGAUCCCCUUCUGUGACUUCUCUCUCCAAAUUGUCCCCACUAAUGGACUUGUUAUGAUUAUUAUUCUCUCCCCAGUAUAGGAGAAAUAAUAUGAGAGCAAAUACUAAUAGGAUCAAUAAUCUUAUACCCUACUUUAAGCCCCCUAUGUUAUUACCCCCAAAAAGAUUGCAGUUACAGAAUUCAAGCCCAAAGAUUACUGCCCAUAACCCCUCCUUUCUCAAGCACAAGACACGCUCCAAGGCCCUACAAUAAACGACCAAAAGCUUAAGUACUAUAAUGAAUCUUCUCCUACAGUUACCACACUCCAAUGAAUUUGUUGGAACAGAAGCCAAGCAGCAUUGCUAGGCACUUUAAAGCAACAAAAGAAAAACAGAACUUGUAAAUUGAGGAAAAUCCCCAAACAGAUCUGCUUUAAGUCCUCACACCUAGAUACGAAUAUGUUUUGUUGUUCAUCUCCCAAACAAUUAUGAUGAUACUGAAAGCUGACCAAAAGCACAGUGAUCCUCUCAGCAGGUCAAGGGGUACUAACCUAUAAAAGGCUUUAUUCACAUUAAUCAUAUCUAUCACAGAGUGUUGUAGAAACCUAGUAAAUAAUCACAGAAUUCUUUGUUGUAGUAACAUCACAAGAGCGUUGUUUAGGUGAUUUGAUAAUAUCCAAGUAUAAUGUAGAAUGUCACAUACAUAGAGAAUUGAUUGUGUGUAUGUAUCUGAAAACCUAUAUAAUAAACAAACCAUGAUACUAUGGCAGAGCACUGUGUGUGAUGCCUGCAUAUGUGGGUUGAAUGCA